ACCGCCCACCCAUUCCUCUCCGCCGCCGCCGCCGGCACGCUCCCCAAACCCCGCCUGGCGGCCUGGCUGGCCCAAGACCGCCUCUACAUCCACGCCUACAUCCGCUUCAUCGGGGCGCUGCUCGCCAAGCUCCAGCUCCCUGUGCCUGUGCCUGUGCCUGUGCCUGUGCCUGUGCCUGUGCCUGUGCCUGUGCCUCACGCAACACAAACCAACCCCAACAACACCGACCAAAUCGAAACCCAAACCCUCGAAACCCAAACCCUGCACACCCUCACGGCAGCCCUGACCAACAUUGUCCGCGAACUCGACUUCUUCGUCGCCGUCGCCGACGAAUACGCCCUCGAUCUGAACACGCCGUUCCAGGUCCCCCAACCCGAACCGGGGGAAGCACCAGCACCAGCACCAGCACCAGCACCAGCCGCCAGCGCCUUCACCGCCUCGCCCAUAACAACCGCGUACACGGAUCUCUUUAUCUCGGCGGGAUCGGCGGGGACGUCCUUGCUGGAGGGGUUGUUCGUGCUCUGGGCGACGGAGGUGUGUUAUCUGACCGUGUGGCGGAAUGUGCGGGCGGCGAUGCCACGGGCAAAGAACGGGGGGGAGGAUGCGGAUGGGGGUGCGUUGCGCGAGAAGUUGAUUCCCAAUUGGACGUGUGCCGAGUUCGAGGAGUUCGUGGAGGGGAUUACGUGCUUGGUUGAUAAAGUGGCGGAGCGCGAGGUGCAGCGGAGUUCGGCGGGCCCGGAGAAGGCGUGGGAGGAGGUGGUCGAGCGGUGUGCGCGGUGGUGGAGGCAGGUGGUUUGGCUGGAGGGGCAGUUUUGGCCGGAGGUUUAG